AUGUGUCAUUCAAGAAAAGAAUUACCAUUUGCAUCAAUUAAAAGUCCAAGAAGAAAUACCGCAAUAACAGAUCUUGAAUCUCUCUCAUCAAAUUUAUCACUUGAUGGAACUGUAGCAUCUAAACUUUCUAUAACAAAAUCAAGAGAAAGUAGUGUUAAUAUUGAUGUAAUAAGAAAAUAUUCAUCAACAAGACGUCAAUCAGACUAUUUACAUCCUAAAUAUUCUUUACCACCAAUUAAAAUUCAACUCGAUGAUAGUGAUUUACUAAUGGAAUUUGAAAAUGUUUUAAGAACACCAAUUGGUAAUAAUUUACCAUCUUCUAAAAGUAACUCCUCAAGACACUCCCCAAUAAAUUCAUGUUCAAUAGAAAUUGAAGAUGAAGAAAAUUAUUAUAAAAUGUUAACAAAACAUAAUUUUCCAAACGAAAAAUUAAUGGAAAGAACAAUACCAAUACAAGAUUCUCGACUUUUAACAAUUCCUGUUAAUAUUAAUGCAACUUCUUCUGCUAAAUUAUUACCGGUAUAA